CAACAAGCCGCCAGUGCGAGCGGCUCCGAGCCCGGGACUACUUCUUCUACUCUCAUCCUAACGGCGGAUUAUCGCUUCAUCGUUACACAACUCGAGCUCUGUGGACGCGGAGCUGAGAGAUGCCGCUCCUCCACAGGAGAGCCUUCAUCCGGCACAGACCUCCGGCUGACCUGCGGCCGGACGAGGAGGUUUUCCUCUGUAAGAUCACCCACGAGAUCUUCAGAAGCUACGAUGAGUUUUUCGAGCGCACCAUCCUCUGUAACAGUCUGGUGUGGAGCUGCGCUCUGACGGGGCGAGCGGGCCUGACUUACCUGGAAGCGGUGGAGAGCGAGCGGCGGGCGAAGCAGAGCCUACAGAGCUUUCCAACAUCCCUGGUGGUUCCUCUGCUCCACCUGGCCGCUCUGAGCCACCGCUGCAGACUGUCGGAGCUCUGCGAGGACGUCUACACCUUCGUCAAAGACCGCUUCUUCCCCGGAGAAACCGUGGACGUCUCAGUACGCAACGGAGCCAGACAUGUGUGCGAGAUCCUGCAGGUUAACUCUCCUCAUUCCAGCGCUAACGGAGCGCCAGCCGUUAACGGCCAUGCCAAACCAGCUGAAGGUGACACUAUCGUCAUCAGCGACAGCGACGAGGAGAGCAAAGACUUCCAGAGCCCCACAGCACAGGUCAACGGGAAGAAGAAGAAGUCUCUAAACCCGUCAGUGUUUAAAUACACAGUGAGGAUGAUGAAGGACGAACACAGCGAGCCGUUCACUGUGAAAGCCAACCAGCUCAGUCGCAGGAAGACCCUGGUGUCCCGAGAGAAACUGAAGCUGCUCUUUAAGCAGCACUGUGAGCCACAGAACGGGACCAUCGCACUGAAGUCCUCCACAGUGAUUAAGUACGGACUGUCUGAACAAACAUUCUCUCAGUUCUUCCCUGAUGAGCCCCCCCAGUUCCCCUUCAGCCCCUCCUCUAAAGGAGGAGGGCGGGGUUCACCUGGACAGGCCGGCUCGUCGCUGCUGAAGGCGGCGGAGAAGCUGAAGCUGCUGCAGCAGAGGGAGGAGAUGGCAGCUUCUGCUCAGGACAGAGCUCGUCUGAAGAAGGAGAAGGAGGAGGUGCAGGAGGCCAAGAGGAGAGAGAAGGAAAACAGAGAGAGGCUGAAGGAGGAGCACAGGAAGAAGUUUGAGGAGGAGAAACAGAAGAGGAGGGAGGAGAAGGAGCACAGAAAGCUGGAGAAGGAGCGGGAACGAGAGAAGCUGAAGGAGGAGAAGAAGAAAUACGCUGAACGACUGAAACUGUGGAACAAACCCAGAGAGGAUAUGGAGUGUGAAGACCUGAAGGAGCUACCCAGUCCUGUACCUGUGAGGACACGUCUUCCUGCAGAGCUCUUUGGAGAAGCCCUGAUGGUUCUGGAGUUCUUGCGGGCCUUCGGGGAGGUCUUUGACCUGAAGGACGAGUUCCCCGAUGGAGUCUCUCUGGAGGUGCUGGAGGAGGCUCUGGUUGGUUCUGAUCCUGAAGGUCCUCUGUGUGAGCUGCUCUUCUUCUUCCUGUCGGCCAUCUUUCAGGCCCUGGAUGAGGAGCAGGAGGAGGUGGCUAAAGACCAGGUCGAAGACCUGUCGGAGGCUCUAGAGGAUGAUUCUGAUGCCACUCAGUCUGCUCUGAGCGCCGUGGCCUCAUUGGCGGCGGCCUGGCCUCAGCUACAUCAGGGCUGCAGUCUGAAGCAGCUCGACCUGGACAGCUGCACGCUGUCAGAAAUCCUGCGUCUUCAUAUCCUUGCAUCCGGGGCCGACUGUUACCAUGGCAAUGCCAAGUUCCGCUACCAGAAGCAGGGCGGGUUUACGCUGAUGGACGACCCAUGUGUCGAGCUGCGGUUGGCCGAGCCGCCGCUGCUGAAGAGGCUGUCUAACACGGCGGUGUACGACCUGACACCAGGGGAGAAGCUGAGGAUCCUGCAGGCUCUGUUGGGGAAGUUGCUGACGUUGGCAUCCACCAGAGAUCUGAUUGAAGACUGUGUGGAGGAUCAACGAGCUGCCAGACAGGAACUGAGAGAGAUCAGAUCUGAACAACACCGCAGAGAGAGAGAGGAGGCCGCAUACAGAGUUCGUCUGCGUAAAGAGGAGAAGCUGAGGGAGCAGGAGCAGAGGCUAAAGGAGAAGGAGGAGAAACUAAAGGAGCAGGAAGAGAGACUGAGGGAGCAGGAAGUGAAGGGAGGACUCCAAACAAGCAGUGAGAGUCCUGAGAAACUUCACACGGAGGAGGAGGAGGAGCAGAAAAACAAGAAGAUUAAAGCUAAACUCAACCAGAAAGAGAAACAGACACCCACCUCAGACACCAAACCCCCGUCCUGCCCUCCUUCCAGCUUGACUGCAGAGGAGCAGGAGAAGGAGCAAGAGAAGGUUCGAGAACUACAGGAGCGGAUCCAGAAGGCGGCCGCCUGCACCUGCCUCCUGCCUCUGGGCAAAGAUCGUCUAUAUCGCCGUUACUGGCUCCUCCCCUCAGCCUCCACCCUGUUUGUAGAAGAAGACUGCUUCGGCCUAACGGAGGAUAUGCUGCAACCACACCCAACACCUGCUCAAGAUACCACUACCCCAAAGAUGGAGGAAGAGGAGGAGGUCAUGAAGGAGGAGCCAGCAGAGGGAAGUGCUGGAUCAAGCCCCGCCCCCAUCCACACCUGUGGGCCGCCACUCAAACGUCCCAACCAGUGGUCUUUCUACAGCUCAGUGGAGGAGGUGGAUCAGCUGAUCGACGCUCUGAACCCUCGAGGUCACAGAGAGAGCGGCCUGAAGGAGGCACUGCUGCAGGAGAGAGAGAGAUUGACACAGCUGCUGCAGAGCUGUGACAGGAAGAAGUACCGCCACACAGGUGAGAGCACAGUUGAUCCGGAGUCUUCGCGAUCCGUCCCAGAAUGCACUGCUGCAGCUGAGACUCUGAUGGAGGGUCGCCUGAGAGACCUGCUGAUGGACAUUGAAGACCGAAUCCACCAGGGAACUCUAGGAACUCUGAAGGUGAUGGACAGACGGGUGUGGCGCUCUGCACUGGAGGCAGGGAACUACGAGUUGCUGGGUUCAGACGGUAGAGAGAAAGGAGGGACGAACGGGCGAGUGGAGGCCAUGGAGGUGGAUUCUGCUCACCUGAGAGCCAGAGACAGGCUGCAGGAGCUUAAAUCGGAGGGCGGGGCCUCGGGAAGCGGGACUCCUCAGGUGGUCAGCAGCAUGGUACAAGUUCUGGCUCAGGCUCUCAUUCACAUCGAGCAAGGCAUCGAGAGACGCUUCCUCAAAACUCCGCUGGGUGAGGAAGACCCAAAGAAGGACCAGAAGACGAAGAAAAACAAGAAGAAAGACGAGGACCUGGCUAGUGACGAUGGCAGUGACAGUGGGCGGGUCUAUAAGACGGUGUUGGAGCGAUGGCGGGAUUCUCUCCAGUCCUCCUCCAGUUUAUCUCAGGUAUUUGUCCACCUCUCCACUUUGGAGCGCAGCAUCCUGUGGUCUCGCUCCGUCCUCAACGCUCGCUGUCGCAUCUGCAGGCGCAAAGGAGACGCUGACAACAUGCUGCUGUGUGACGGUUGUGACCGUGGACACCACACCCACUGUCUGAGGCCCCGCCUCAAGUCGGUUCCGCAGGGUGACUGGUUCUGUCCAGACUGUCGACCCAAACAGAGAUCCAGCCGCGUCCCAUCCCGUCAGCGCUCUUCUAUCGAUGAGGAGGAAGAAGAGGAAAAUGAGGAAGAGCAAGAGGAGGAAGAGGAGGAGGAGUCAGAAGAGGAAGAGGAGGAGACGGAAGAAGAGGAGGAGGAGUCAGAGGAAGAGGAGGAGGAAGUCGUUGUGAGCAGCACAAAAAAGAGCCAGGCCCCGCCCCCCAAAGGCAAGAGCCAAGGGGCCACGCCCAAAGGUCAGCAGACCACACCAAAAGGUCAACAGGCCACGCCCAAGAACAGCAGCGCUUCAGCAGGGAAAACCUCAUCAUCCUCAAAGUCCUCAGGGAAGAAGGCCACGCCCCCCUCAGGGAAGGCAUCUGGAGGUAAACCUCCUCCUCGCACUGGGAGUCGAGUCAGUGCCCGCCUAAGCCACGAGAUCCUUGCACCAAAUGGAAACGCCAAGACUUCACCUGGUCAGAGCGAGUCCCGCAAGAGACCGCCAACAGAUGUGGCCCCUCCUCCCAAACUCAUCCUCCCUGUUCUCCCUCCGUCAUCCUCCUCCUCCAGCCGACGCUCCUCUGGCAGAAACCAUGGCGUCCACGAGCUGUCAGCCUGUGAGCAGCUGGCCGUGGAGCUCGUCAGACAUGAAGACAGCUGGCCCUUCAUGAAGCUGGUGUCUAGGACUCAGGUUCCUGAUUACUAUGACAUCAUCAAAAAGCCGAUCGCCCUCAGCACCAUCAGAGAGAGAGUGAACAACUGUGAAUAUCAGACAGCAGGUGAGUUUGUCAGUGAUGUGGACCUGAUGUUCUCUAACUGUCUUCAGUAUAAUCCUCGUCACACUAACGAAGCCAAGGCGGGGCUUCGUCUGCAACAGUACUUCCACUCAGAGCUCAGCAGACUUGGCCUAUCGGAGCGGAGCCCCGCCCUGCUUGCCAAGCGCUCCCGACACUGAACCAAACCCACCACUCUGACCUCACCGCCGUCCUCUCUGCUGAUUGGUCCAGGGGGGCGACACCCAGUCCCCCCUUACAGACUAAGUUGGUGCUGAUUCUUCAUCAUAUUUGUUGUCUUUGUUAUAUCCAUACCUGUUUCGUUACCGUGGCAACAAAAAGAGAAAUCCUUAACACUUAAUUUUGGACAAUUUCUCGUGUUUAAUUACCAAAAAUUGCAGGCAAACUGCUGCACACUGUCCACGUUGCACAAAUAUGUUGGCAACAUUUGAUAUUUGUGUGACUCGGACAGUGCACUCGUUCUUUGAGUUAGAAUGUGACUGAGAUCUGACCUUUUUUUUUUUUUUUUUUUGAAGCUUUGAUUCUUUUUGAUACCAGCAUGUUGACCACCUUACCUCAGACUCACCUGUUCCCUAACUAAUGAUCCAAUCACAUUUAGAUCCACAGGUGAACUCCCAGUUAUCUCACCUGGUCACAUGACUCCGAGUUUGGGUCUCUAAAAAACGAUUUUUGUAGGGAGCCGUGUAGAAAGUGACAGACCUGUGUGGACACGUGAAGACGUGUAGCAGACGCUCCUGUGGUGCUGUAGGACAGUAGAGACACGUUAGGGACAUGUUAGGGACAUGUUAGGGACACGUUAGGGACAUGUUUAGAGACACGUUAGGGACAUGUUAGAGACACGUUAGGGACAUGUUAGAGACACGUUAGGGACAUAUUAGGGACACCUUAGAGUCCCCUCAGGCUUCAUCUGAUCGUUUCUUCAUCCAGAAAACACUUCUAAAGAACCUCCAGAUCUGCACUAGCUGGUCCAAUAAAUCCUAUCAGGCUGCUGUGCUCGCUCAGGGACUCAACUUUACAGUGCAGCUUUUUACUGAAGCAUGGUGUUGCUAUGGAGACUAGCUCUUAGGCUGGAAAUCAAUCUUUUGAAAGUCUGUGGCUGCCAGUAAAAUGUGGAGUUCAACUGAAUCACAACCUAAACAGUUUUAUUUUUCACGUAUUAAAAAUGCACAACUAGAGCCCGAAUGAAUAAAAUUAGAAAUAGAUGUAAAACAUCUAUUUCUAACUCUUAACAUUUUGAGGGAUUACAAAGUUGUUGAAACACAAAAUUCAUUUCAGACUGAAGAGAAGAAAACGUAGACACGUUUUUAGCACGGCUCAACAUCUCGGCGUCUGCAGGCAAACGAUGUUGUUUAGUUUACUGAGUGAUGCUAAUGUUAGCAAAGCUAGCUCAUCCAGCCUUCAGUCCUCUGCAGGUGAUCGUCUACACACCUGAGCUGAAUGUGGUUACACAUUGCUCCGGUCUAGAGGUUACAUCUCAGUUUACCUUAGCCCCGCCUAGUGGUGGGUGGCUGCGUUACAGCUUAGGCACAACAUGUAACCCCAUAUUAAGAACUUAACUGACUUGUCUGAGUAGUCUGACUUAUUCUGGUGCUAACUGAAACGUCUUAACCCUCACCAGAGUCAACUAGACUCACGUCUGUUAAUCAACUGAGAACUUUUAAAAGAGGUGAAUGUUUUCUCCGUAACUCGGUAACGUACUCAGGUAUUUAAAAGUGUGAUCAACACAACAGGAUGAAUGGGUCAAAGUUCACCUCUCACACCAAGGGGUUAUAAAAUGUUCCUGUUAUCACGGGGUCAAAGGUCCCUUCCUUCAUGUACACCUGAUCAAACUGAGAGAGGAGGAGUCAGGAGCUCAGGUAGCAGCUGAGGACGACGUGGACUCUGAACACACACUCAGGUUCUUUUUAUUCUGGCUCAUUCUGUGCGUCAUGACUGAGGAGUGAAUUUACAAACUGGAUGUGUGAAUGAAGGUUUCUGUCCUGACUUCAUGAUGUCAAACUGAGACUGUCUGUCAACAUAAAUCAGCUGAUUCAGGACGUGUACACCCAGUCCAGUUUACCUCAAACAUCUGUAGAGAUGGAGCGUUUCUAAAACACGUAGAAGCUGCGGAUAACUACUGGUGAUUAACUGUGUCUAAAAGGUAAUCAGCUGUCUGUCCAAAUAUUUAGAUUAAACGACUUCCUGUUGAUUGUUGUGAGUUCUAAGCAGGCGUGAAUCAACACUUUUUAUUUAAACAUCUCGUUGUGGGAACUCCAGAAUUGUAGAGUUAAUGAGCUGUCACAGACCUCCAUAAAUAUACAGAUCAUCUCUCUUUAGGUUUCAAACUGUUAACGAGGUCAAACAAAAAAACACAAAGCCCUGCCCCUCUAUGGGACUCUGCCCCCUGUCAACACAUUUCCUUCUCACUUCAUCCUAAACCUGAAUAAAAUGUAAGCUCAUGACAUAAAGGUCAUGUUUAUCUCCCCUGUAGUUCUGAUCUCAAGCAGUCACCUGGAUGAGCUGUAACCUGCUGAUGGUCAGCCUUAAAGGGACAGCGUGUCUUUAAUGGAGUUGUGUUUCUCAUCGAGUUCUCGUUGAUGUGUCAGGUGGUCGUCACUAUCUUACCUUUUAAGUCUGAGUUAGGAUUUGCUUAGCUUAGCUUGGUAAACAGCUAGUCUUGGUCUAUUAAAUUGAUGUAAAUGAAUAAAAAGUAAAUAAUUUCUUAAUUUGUUUUUUUCCUAAAUGUGGAACUGUCCCUUUAAAACUGGAGCCUCUGUGGAUUUGUAGUGUUUUGUAUUUUGACUACUGCGAUGUUUUCCUGCUUUAGGAUUUUUUGUUCCGUUCUUCUUCUGUGGUAUUAGCCUGCAGUCAGAGAGUGUGUGUGUGUUUGAAAGGAUGUGUGUUUGACGGGAUGUGUGUGUGUGUGUGUGUCAGCCGGACACACUACCCUGCAGCCUCCUCUGCUGUAUAUUUAUUUAGUUAUCUUUAUUUAUGACUGAUAGACGCCCUCAGCCUCCUCACGCUCUCUAACAUGUUUGUUUUUGUUCUCGUGUAAAAAAUAAAUUACUUUUUAUAACCA